AUGCCACUUUUUCUCAAGGAGGAGGUACCACCGCUGAGCCCUGAGCUAUGCUACUUGUUAUUAAAGGAAGAAGUCCCACUGCUGAGCCCUGAGCUAUGCCACUUGUUACUAAAGGAGGAGGUCCCAAUACUGAGCCCUGCGCUAUGCCACUUGUUACUAAAGGAAGAAGUCCCACUGCUGAGCCCUGAGCUAUACUACUUGUUACUAAAGGAAGAUGCCCCACCACUGAGCCCUGAGCUAUACCACUUGUUACUAAAGGAGGAUGUCCCAACACUGAGCCCUGAGCUAUGCCACUUGUUACAAAAGGAGGAUGUCCCACCACUGAGCCCUGAGCUAUGCCUCUUGUUAGUGAAGUAG